UAGCUUGUCCUUUGUAGCUGCCAACCUAGGUGACGCUCUCAGAAAGUAACUCCUGUGCGCAAUGAAGAAUUUCUCAUUUUCUCACGACAGCAUCUAUGAGCCUGGAAUCCCUUUCCUUCACAGGUUUUUCAACUCAACAAAUGCAUCUCAUCUUCCGGAAAGACAACCAAGAGAUGAACAAUUAGCUCAAGUAGAGAUCAGUGUGCUAGGAAUACUAUUCAUGGCAGCAUCUGUGGGCAACUUCAUCCUCAUACUGGUGUUAUGGAGGAGGAGAAUGAAACUGUCUAGGAUAUAUGUGUUCCUGCUUCACCUGAGCAUUGCAGACAUGAUGGUUGCAUUCUUUCAAGUCCUUCCUCAGCUCUUUUGGAAGAUUACAGAUAUUUUCAUGGGUCCAGACAUCCUGUGCAGAACCAUCAGUUAUCUCCAGCUGUUGAGCAUGUUUGCCUCCACUUAUAUGAUAGUAGUUAUGGCAAUGGACAGAUUCCAAGCAGUAUGCUACCCUAUGGCCUCAUUCCAAAAGAAAGGGGCUCUUUGGAACGCUUCUAUCUGUACAAGCUGGUUUAUCUCAUUGGUCUUUAGUGUUCCUCAAGUAUUUAUCUUUCGGAAGAAUGAGGUAUCUCCAGGCAUAUUUGACUGCCAAGCUGACUUCAUCAAACCCUGGGGCACAAAGGUGUAUGUGACUUGGAUUUCUGUAGCUAUUUUCUUCCUCCCUGCAGCUAUCCUCAUCAUAUGCCAUGUUAUGAUUUGCAGAGCAAUCCACAUGAAUAUGCAUCUGAAAAGCUAUAAUGAUUUUGAAGUAACAAAUCAGAAGCAAAUACUCCCAUCCCAGGCAAGCAAUGCAAACUGUAUGUCAAAGGCUAUGAUCAAAACGAUAAAGAUGACAGUGGUGAUAGUUGUUGCUUAUGUAUUUUGCUGGUCACCUUUCUUCAUUGCACAGUUGUGGACUGCAUGGCACCCCAGUGAUGCUAGGACUGAAGGUCCAGUAAUAGCCAUUCUUAUGCUCCUAGGGAACCUUAAUAGCUGUGUUAAUCCAUGGAUUUAUAUGUGCUUUUGUGGUCAAAUACCAUAUUGUUCAAAAAAGAAAUUGGACAACCCUGCAGCGCAUGAAGAGUCUACAAUUACAGGCAGCGUUAACUUGGGAGAUAAAGAGGCUGAAGACAAUAUCACAGCUGUAUAA